AUGGGUGCUAAUACCGCACAUAACAUCUACUGCAGAUAUGAUAACAUCGGCAAAUGUGGAGCCAUCGAUUGCUCUAUCAACCAUUUCACACUGAAGGCACAAAACUCAUCUGAAAUCUACGGCGAACGUUGCGAUCGAGUAGAUUUGUUUGGCUUGAAAGGAAAAGCUACCUGCGGUUACAUCGCUUGGUUUGAUGAAAACGGCGAAAUUGUUAAUAGCUGGUACAAAACCAGGUGA